AGGAACAGUCACACAGGGAUCUUGUCUACGGAUUCCUCAACGCUAGAACUACAAAGAUGAAGCUCUACCCUACUAAAAGUGAAAAAGCCACAUUAGGCUAGUUUUUGUUUUUUAAAUAAGGGUCAUGGUAGCUUGAUGUUUGUUUAUGUGCCUGCGCAGGUUCUUAUUUGUAGCAUGUGGGAACUACUUUUCUGACCGGGGAUCAAGCCCCGCCUCCUGCAUUGGGAGCCUGAAAAUCUUAGCAACUGGGCCACCUGGGAAGUCCUUAGGCCGGGAGAGAUCAGACUCUAGCCUGUUACAAUAGUGCUGUUAAAUGGUUACUUAGUCACAGUAUAUAACACCUCACAGUCGCCACCGACCAAGGUCAUUAAUAAGGCCCCUCCCACAUUCUUAGGCGCUUAACCUGGACCAGUCAGAGGCUUCGCACCCUCACAGGCUCGCUCUUGCUCUUUCUCUUAGCACUUAUAACCGCAUCUUACGCUGACGCAGUCACACAGUCACACCCACAACCACCUUCCUCAGCAGGUGACUUGCAAAGCCUAAGACUCCCGCCUCUACCUGCCGCAUCCGUGCCUGGGAAACUUCAGGACUCCAGCAGUGAGCUCUUCCUGCAUCCAGACCCGAGUCACCGCCACUCACCACUACUAGGCAAACUAUGACUACAAGGCUAGGGGAAAAUGAACCAGAGGACGAAGUGCAUUCGUGCCCUCAGGCCCUGUGAGAAACGUAGUCCAACCCGGAAAAGCGGACCCUGGCAGAAACAGAUCAAGCGCCGGCCGCCCAGACCUCGCCACUGCUAACCCGCCGCCGCGUGGAUUCCUGGGAGCGCCAGCCAGUUCAGGAGUGCGCAGGCGCAGACGACUGAGCCUUGGCUGGGGUGAGGUUGGACUCUUCCCUUUUCCAAAGAAGAGCACAAAAGAGAAGGCUCAUCUCCUGCAAACAUCAAAGCCAUGCUUCAGGAUGAACUGGAGUAUGCCCUUACAGGGAUCAGUUUCAUUCAAGGAUGUGACUGUGGACUUCACCCGGGAGGAGUGGCAGCAACUGGACCCUGCUCAGAAGGCCCUCUACAGAGAUGUCAUGUUGGAAAACUAUUGUCACCUCAUCUCUGUGGGAUUUCACAUGACUAAGCCUGAUAUGAUCUGCAAAUUGGAACAAGGGAAAGAACUAUGGACAACAGAGAAAAUUUUUCAAAGUCAGAGUUACCUAGAAGAAGAUUGGAAAGCUGAAGAUGUUUUAGUGAAAUUCAAAGAAUACCAAGACAGGCAUUCUAGGUCAGUUAUAUCCAUCAACCACAAAAGACUAAUAAAAGAGAGAAGUAACAUUUGGGGGAAAACAUUUACUAUCGACAAGAACCGUAUUAUUUCAAAAACAACACUACAUGAAUAUAAACCUGAUGGAAAAGUUUUAAAAGAUAUUUCAGAAUUAGUCAUUAGAAAUAUAAGUCCUGUAAGAGAGAAGUUUAGUGAGAGUAAUGGAUGGGAGAAAUCACUCCUUAACACUAAACAUGAGAAAAUUCAUGCAGCAGUGAAUCUCUGUAAACAAACCGAAAGGAGUCUCAGUGGUAAACAAGAGCUUAUUCAACAUCGGAAGGUUCAAACUCCAGAGCAACCAUUUGAACAUAAUGAAUGUGAAAAACCCUUCCUUAUGAAAGGAAUGUUACUUACGCAUACCAGAGCUCACGGAGGAGAAAAAUCCUGUGAAUACAAUAAAGAUGGCACAGCCUUCAUUGAAAAGUCAACUCUCAAUGUCCACCAACAAAAUAUUAUGGAGAAGAAGCCCCACUCAUACAGCAAAUAUGGGAAAUUCCUCUGUAGGAAGUCCAUUUUUAUCAUGCAUCAGAGAUCUCAAACAGAAGAGAAACCCUUUCAUUGUCCUUACUGUGGGAAUAACUUUAGAAGGAAGUCGUACCUCAUUGAACAUCAACGAAUUCACACAGGUGAGAAACCUUAUGUUUGCAGUCAAUGUGGAAAAGCCUUUCGUCAAAAGACAGCCCUCACUCUUCAUGAGAAAACACACUUAGAGGGGAAACCCUACAUUUGUAUGGAUUGUGGGAAGUCCUUCCGCCAAAAGGCAACCCUUACUAGACAUCACAAAACACAUACAGGAGAGAAGGCCUAUGAAUGUACUCAAUGUGGAAGUGCUUUUAGAAAGAAGUCUUACCUUGUUGAUCAUCAGAGAACACACACAGGGGAGAAACCAUAUCAAUGUAAUGAAUGUGGGAAGGCAUUUAUCCAGAAGACAACCCUCACUGUACAUCAGAGGACUCACACAGGAGAGAAACCCUAUAUUUGCAAUGAAUGUGGGAAGUCCUUCUGCCAAAAGACAACUCUCACCCUCCAUCAGAGAAUUCACACAGGGGAGAAACCCUAUAUUUGUAAUGAAUGUGGGAAGUCCUUCCGCCAGAAGGCAAUCCUCACUGUUCAUCAGAGAAUACAUACAGGAGAGAAAUCCAAUGGAUGUCCUCAGUGUGGGAAAGCCUUUAGUAGGAAAUCUAACCUCAUUCGCCAUCAGAAAACUCACACUGGAGAGAAACCAUAUGAAUGUAAAGAAUGUGGGAAGUUCUUCAGUUGUAAGUCAAACCUCAUUGUCCAUCAAAAAACUCACAAGAUAGAAACUGUGAGAAUUCACUAAAACAUGUGACUUUUCUGGUGAAAAAUUUUAAAGUCAUAGUAAAUCCUGUACAUGAGGUUGCUUGCAAGCGUAUUAAUAUUAAACAGUUUAAAGUACUGUAGCAUAUUUAUCUACUAUUUGCUAGCCCACAAAACACAUAAAAAGAAUUAUGAGAUAAAUGAUAAAAGUCACUGAAAAUACAAGCUUAAAAUUUUAUUAACUUCACCAUACAUAAAUUCUAAAGUCAAGUUGCUAAAAACAUUUAAAAUUGCUUAUUUAAAAUUUUAACAUAUAACUUUUUGUGACCUAGUAUUAAGCACUAGGCUACUUGAGCGUGAACAGAACUGCUUUAAAAGAAAGGAGGUGUGACUGUAUUUCUUACUGCAAAUACGGAAUAAAAGUUAUCUCCUCAGUUAACCACAGUUCUAACUCCUAACAUUAUUAAUUAGUUUCUGCAUAUUAUAAAUCUUUAUAUAAAGUAGAUUAUACAUCAUGUAUUCUUUCAUAUAUGACUUGUUUCAUCCAUCACUAUGUCUUUAAAACUCAUCAUUAGUGCAUGUUGGAGAAAUUUAUUUAUUUUCAUUCUGUAUAAAAUUUCAUUAUAUAAUACAUUUCAGUUUAUCCAAUGGACAACUUCAGUUUAUCCAACUGUUGAUGGACUUUUUUUUAUUGUUUACAGCUUAGGGUCAUAAUAAAUAAUGCUUCUUCUAACA